CGGUGCCGUGCGGGUCUGCAGACGUGGAGGAAGACGAGCGCAGCGGGACAGCACUGGAGUGGCUGCCGCGGCCGGCGAGUGGAGACCUCCUGCGGCGGCAGGAGGCGGCGAUGCGUGCGGCGUGCCGCGCUAGGCCGGCGCAGUAUUUGGCACUCCGGGCAGCAGAAGGCAACGGUGACUGAGGAGAGAUGGGGACGCAGGCGCGGGCGCGGGAGCGGCGCGGGACGCCGGCCGACCACCCGCUGCCCCCGGAAGGCGGCUGGGGCUGGGCCGUCGCCGCGGGCAUGGCGCUCAUGCUGAUCUCGACGACGGGCCAGUACGGCUCGUUCGGUCUGCUGUUCGACGGGGUGCUGCAGCAGCUGGGUGCGCAGUCCACGGGCGCCACGCUCAUCAUGAACAUGCUGUCCGCCGCCGUCAACUUCACCGGCCUCGUGACGAACCGCCUGCUACGCUCCAUGACGUACCGGAUGGUCUCUGUCAUCGGCGGCCUCAUGUUCACGGUCGGCGUCAUGCUCACCGUGUUCGCCCGCAGCAUGGCGCACAUCGUCAUCACCUACAGCAUCAUCGCAGGAGUGGGUCUGGGCCUGGUGGUGCCGGCGUCGUACCUGGCGUUCAACUCGUACUUCCUGGAGCGCCGCGGGCUGGCCAUGGGCCUGUGCCAGGCGUGCGUGGGGCUGGGCUUCAUCGGCGCGCCGCCCGUGGUGCAGGCGCUGCUCCACAGCUACGGCUUCCGCGGCGCCAUGCUGGUGCUGGGCGGCAUCGGGCUGCACUCGGUGGUCGGCGCCGUGCUGUACCAGCCGGUGCGCUGGCACCAGCGCAGGCCGCCGGCGCCGAGGCCCCACAGCGCCAACGGACGCCUCGCCAACGGCGGGCCGAUGCACGAGCUGAAGACGCGGCCGGCCACGGUGGAGGAGCAGCGGCUGUCGAUGCACGUGGUGCCCGCCGAGGAGGACGACCUCGCCUGCGGACGCGCAGUGCCCAACGGACGUGCCCAGGUGUCGCAGGGUGCGGCGCCACCGGUGUCCACACAGGGCGCGGACUUCGACGAGCGCCUCGUGGUGAGCCGGCGCGGCAGCCUGGUCAUGUCGUCCAUGCUGGACUCGCGCGCCCACCUGCUGCUCAUGCCGGUGGACGAGGAGGGCUCCGCCACUGCCCACAGCUCUGUGGACAUCCCCAACGGCGGUGCAGAGCCCGAGCUGCGCCGCGUGUCGGGCGCGCCGCGGCGGCCGCCGUCCGUAUCACUAACCAACUUCGCGAGCGGCGUCGUCGCCUUCGACAACGCCCUCACCGGCGCCGACGCCGCCUCCAGCGACCAGCAGAUCGUCCAGAUCAUGCAGCGGCGCUCCCACCGCAGGCUGUCGAGGCCGACGACAGCGCUCUACCAGCAGCAGCGAUCGCUGCUGAACUACAUACCGGACGACGAAAGCGAGGACAUGCGCGCGUCGACGCAGGCCAUGAUCCAGCCGGCGGCGCCGCGCUCCAGGAAGUGGCUGCGCAAGGCGGCCGAGGCGCUGGAGCUGGACCUGCUGCGCGACCCCACCUACGUCAACAUCGCGCUGGGGCUGGCCGUCUCCUUCCUGAGCGACGCCAACUUCUUCACGCUGAUGCCCUUCUUCCUCAACACGGAGGGGCUGGAGGGCGGCGACAUCGCCACGUGCCUGUCGGUCGCCGCGGCCACCGACGUGGUGGCCAGACUCGUGCUGCCGUGGCUGGCGGCGCUCUGCAAGCUCUCCGCGCGCAACAUGUACAUGCUGGGCUGCAUCACGUCGGCCGUCGCCCGGUCAGCUUUCGUGUCUGUGACGGGGUUCACGUGGCUUGCCAUCAUGUCGGGCGUCGUGGGCUUCUUCAGAGGCGCCAUGGUUGUCAACCUGUCCCUCACCGUCGCGGAGUACUGCAGCCUCGAGCGAUUCCCUGCCGCCUACGGGCUGUACAUGGUUAUCAACGGCCUCAUCACUGUCAUAUUUGGGCCACUCGUAGGCAUCCUAAGAGAUGGCAGUGGCAGUUAUCAGCUGUGCAUUCAUGUAUUGUCAAUUGCAAUGCUGUUAUGUGCUCUGAGUUGGAUCUGCGAACUUGCUGUCAAAUGGCAUCAAAAGAGAAAACCAUGGUGUUUGCCCCGUUGGUGUUGAAAACUACUGACAAUGAUCUAUGGUGACCAACUCUAACAACAGAAAAGUGUGUGUGUGUUUGUGUGUGUGUGCGUGCACACACACGUGUAUGCAUGUGUUUGUGUGUGUGUGUGUGUGUAUCGGAGGGGAUGCAGGGUGUGCACCCACAUGUAUCUGUGUAAGUAAAUUUUGCUGCUUUAUUGAAGCAUUUUUUUGUUCUUGAAAGGACUGUAAAACGUAAGUUCAGCAAAACAUUCUGACAGAUGAAAACUCUUGAUCCAUUAUAUGGAUACAGUCCUUUCUUCAUUGCAGAAUUAUCAUGAACAGUUUGUGCAUAAGUUAAUAAAGAAGGUAUCUGUGAUAUGUGGUUGAACAUAAGUGUUCUAUGUACUCUAAAUAUAAAAAUAUGUAAAUGUGCUAAUUUCCAUAGUUUGUAAAUAAUUUUUUAAAGAGUGUAACUUGUUUGUGUGUUAGGAAAAUCAUUACACUAACACAUCAGCAUUUCUCACUUUUUAGGAAAUGCAUUAUAUUGAUUUUUUUCAUCCUAGGUGUCUCAACAUCAUGCAGUGUUGAUUUUAAAAUAUUUUUUUUUGUGUUCUCUGAUGUGGACAAAACUAAUAAUGUGACAUUAGCAAAAUCAUCAGUAAAUUAAAAAUAGAUAUUUUUAAAAUGUUAUAUUAAUUAUGCUAAGAAACGAAACUAUUCAGUGGAAAAAGGACUCACUCUAUUCCAAAUCUAUUUAAUGUAAUGUACUGGAUGAGUUAUCAUUUAUUAAUUUCCGCAUCACUGGAUACUGCCACAAGGGAGAAAGAGUCAGGUUAUGUAUUAAGAAUGUUACAGAAAAAUAAGUGAAUAAAUAUACAAGUGGUUGCUUGUGCUAUUUGUCCAAUGUGUCUCUCAUAAUUUAUUUUUACAUAAAAUGGCUGAACAGUAGUGUUACAGAAUUUUGCCAUAAUACGCCUGUUAUGAUUCAAAUCUGGUAUAGCUACACUUACUCUUUUAGUCUUUUGGAGGUGUCUCAAUGCUGGUCUGGUUGUGCAGAGUGGCUUGCCAGCAGUCCAAAUAUAACAUUUAUUCUAGUAAUAACAAUUCUUCUGCAGAUAUAUAUGGCCAUUCUAUCAUCACCUUUGUGAAUGCAACAUAUUAUAUCAAGGUUCAGUUCUGAACUUGUGUGUAAUGUGUAUUAGACAAAAAUCAGGUGUUAAAGAUAGGGUGGCAAAUGUCAUAUAUAUGUCACUGAUGGGUAGCCAACUAAAAAUUCACAAAAACGUAACUGUAGCAUGGGAAUAAGUAGUGAAGAAUUUUGUCUUAUAAAGUAAUGAAAUUAUAUUUUCAGCCGAUAUUUCUAACAACACAGUUCUUAAAGUGGGCUGAAAGUAACAAACAUAUUUGAAAUAGCUACAGAGUCCCCUGCAUUUUGCUUGUGAUAAAUGCCAGUAAUCAUUCAGCUUUCUUUGAUCACAAAUUAUAAUAGUUUUUUAAAUGCCUGAAAAACUGGAAAUACUUAUGAUAGUUAUGCUUCCAUCUUAACAUUUAUUGUAAGUAAGUGAUAUUUUCAAAUGUUACAAAAAUAUUUUAGGCCUAUUGACAAAAAUUAUAAUUUUGACUGGAAUAUUACAUUAAUUAUUAAAAUAAAGGGAAAUUUUCUUAAUAGGUUAGAGCAAGAUGAUAAAUGUUAUUGAAGCAGUGUGAUGAUUCCCAGUAGGUGGGAUUCUCCCCCUCCCCCUGUGUACACACAUGCUGCUGCAGAAAAAAUUUCUUCUAGUACAUUUAGGCUACACAUGAAGAUUGUCUGGCUGUAUGAAUAAUUAAUUAUAUCUGUGCUACAACCUGUACUAAUUUGUUUGCUUAAGAUUGAUCAGAGUAGUGUCAAGUGAGAAAAUCUGGUCAUUUAUGUACAAAGAUCUCUAUACAAGUGUGAAGAACUCAAUGAAAUGAUUAAAUGUGUGGUGAAUAUUAAGAGUUUUUUAUGUACUGCUAUGAAAUUCUCUCCUAUUUUGAAGAUUUUAGUGUAACAUUCUUGAACUUUAAAUGUCAGUAGCAUGGCCAUUGCGUUGCUCUCUUUUAUUUUUAUUUCAAGAUAUUUGCAACUUCUGUGAAUUAAAUUCCAGAAAGUACAUGUUUGUAAUUAAUAAAUCUGCAAUUUCUACAGUUCAAGAUAAAAUUAACAGUGGUUGAACUGGCUUAUCAACCUCAUUAUGAUGCUGCAAAG